AGGAGGGGCUUCCCUCCCUCCCUCUCUCUCUCUUUCUCCCCUCUCAACUGAAGAUCCAGUUUCAACAAGUGCUUCUGUCCAGAGAAGGAGCGGAGGAACCGAGCCGUCUAUUUAAAGACAGGAAGGGCCCACCCUUCUGAAUGUAUAUCUCCUACAUGUGCUCCCUAUAGGCUACCCCCACCCCUUUUGUUGUUGUCGUCGUCUCCCCCUCCCCACCCCCUUGGCUCCUGUCCCCUCCGUCUCCUGCACCAGGAAAUAUGGGGAAAGGGGCGGGACGAGAGUCUGCCCCGCCGGGGGCGACAGCUGAGAAUGGAGGAGGGAAGAAGAAGCAGAAGGAGAAAGAGCUGGAUGAGUUGAAGAAGGAAGUGAAUUUGGAUGACCACAAGCUGUCGCUGGACGAAAUCAGCAGGAAGUACCAAGUGGACCUGUCCCGGGGCCUGACCAACACGCGGGCAGCGGAGAUCCUGGCCAAGGAUGGCCCCAACGCCUUGACCCCCCCUCCAACCACCCCAGAGUGGGUCAAGUUCUGCCGGCAGCUCUUUGGGGGGUUUUCCAUCCUGCUGUGGAUCGGGGCCAUUCUCUGCUUCCUGGCCUACAGCAUCCAAGCAGCAAUGGAGGAUGAGCCGGCCAAUGACAACCUUUACUUGGGGGUGGUGCUGGCGGCCGUCGUCAUCGUCACCGGCUGCUUCUCCUACUACCAAGAGGCCAAGAGCUCCAAAAUCAUGGACUCUUUCAAGAACAUGGUGCCCCAGCAAGCCCUGGUGAUCCGGGAAGGGGAGAAGAAUCAGAUCAAUGCGGAGAACGUGGUGGUCGGGGACCUGGUGGAGGUGAAAGGAGGAGACCGGGUUCCCGCCGACCUCAGAAUCAUCUCCUCGCAUGGCUGCAAGGUGGAUAACUCCUCCCUGACGGGCGAGUCGGAACCACAGACCCGUUCUCCGGAGUUCACCCACGAGAACCCGCUGGAGACCCGGAACAUCUGCUUCUUCUCCACCAACUGCGUGGAAGGCACCGCCCGGGGCAUCGUCAUCUCGACCGGGGACCGGACGGUGAUGGGCCGCAUCGCCUCCCUGGCGUCCGGCCUGGAGGUGGGCCGCACCCCCAUCGCCAUGGAGAUCGAGCACUUCAUCCGCAUCAUCACGGGGGUGGCCGUCUUCCUGGGCAUGUCCUUCUUCAUCCUCUCCCUCAUCCUGGGCUACACCUGGCUGGAGGGCGUCAUCUUCCUCAUUGGCAUCAUCGUGGCCAACGUCCCCGAAGGACUCCUGGCAACCGUCACGGUGUGCUUGACCCUGACCGCCAAGCGCAUGGCCCGCAAGAACUGCCUGGUGAAGAACCUGGAGGCCGUGGAGACGCUGGGCUCCACCUCCACCAUCUGCUCCGACAAGACGGGGACCCUCACCCAGAACCGCAUGACUGUGGCCCACAUGUGGUUCGACAACCAGAUCCACGAGGCAGACACCACCGAGGACCAGUCUGGAGCCACGUUUGACAAGCGCUCGCCCACGUGGACGGCCCUGGCGCGGAUCGCCGGCCUCUGCAACCGGGCCGUCUUCAGAGCAGGGCAGGACAAGGUCCCCAUCUCUAAGAGGGACACGGCUGGGGACGCCUCAGAGUCCGCCCUCCUGAAAUGCAUCGAGCUCUCCUGUGGGUCCGUCAAGAAGAUGCGCGACAGAAACCCCAAAGUGACGGAGAUCCCUUUCAACUCCACCAACAAAUACCAGCUCUCCAUCCAUGAGCUGGAAGACAAGCCCAACGGCUACGUCCUGGUGAUGAAGGGAGCCCCUGAGAGGAUCCUCGACCGCUGCUCCAACAUCCUCUUGCAAGGCCAGGAGGUGCCCCUCGACGAGGAGAUGCGGGACGCCUUCCAGAACGCCUACCUUGAACUGGGAGGGCUGGGCGAGAGAGUGCUGGGUUUCUGCCAUUACAACCUCCCCGAAGACCAGUUCCCCCGAGGCUUCAAGUUUGACGCGGACGAAGUCAACUUCCCCACCAGCAACCUCUGCUUUGUGGGGCUCAUGUCCAUGAUUGACCCGCCUCGGGCCGCUGUGCCGGAUGCCGUGGGGAAGUGCCGGAGCGCCGGGAUUAAGGUGAUUAUGGUGACCGGCGACCACCCCAUCACCGCCAAGGCCAUUGCCAAGGGGGUGGGCAUCAUCUCUGAGGGGAACGAGACGGUGGAGGACAUCGCUGACCGCCUCAACAUCCCCGUCAACCAGGUCAACCCCAGGGAAGCCAAGGCUUGUGUGGUCCACGGAUCGGACCUCAAAGACAUGACCUCUGAGCAGCUGGACGAGAUCCUCAAGAACCACACGGAGAUCGUCUUUGCCCGCACCUCCCCACAGCAGAAGCUCAUCAUCGUGGAAGGUUGCCAGAGGCAGGGGGCCAUCGUGGCAGUGACCGGGGACGGGGUGAACGACUCGCCCGCCUUGAAGAAGGCCGACAUUGGCAUCGCCAUGGGAAUCGCUGGCUCCGACGUCUCCAAGCAGGCUGCGGACAUGAUCCUCCUGGACGACAACUUCGCCUCCAUCGUUACAGGGGUGGAGGAAGGUCGCCUGAUCUUUGACAACCUGAAGAAGUCCAUUGCCUACACCCUGACCAGCAACAUUCCAGAGAUCACCCCUUUCCUGCUCUUCAUCAUCGCCAACAUCCCUCUUCCCCUGGGCACCGUCACCAUCCUCUGCAUCGACCUGGGCACCGACAUGGUGCCGGCCAUCUCCCUGGCAUACGAGGCUGCGGAGAGCGACAUCAUGAAGAGGCAGCCGAGGAACCCCAGGACGGACAAGCUGGUGAACGAGCGUCUCAUCAGCAUGGCCUACGGGCAGAUUGGUAUGAUCCAGGCCCUUGGGGGCUUCUUCACUUAUUUUGUCAUCCUGGCCGAAAAUGGCUUCCUCCCCUCCACCUUGCUGGGCAUCCGCUUGGACUGGGACGACCGCUCCAAAAACGACCUGGAAGACAGCUAUGGGCAGGAGUGGACCUACGAGCAGCGGAAGGUGGUGGAGUUCACCUGCCACACGGCCUUCUUCGCCAGCAUCGUGGUGGUGCAGUGGGCCGACCUGAUCAUCUGCAAGACCAGGAGGAACUCGGUCUUCCAGCAAGGCAUGAAGAACAAGAUCCUGAUCUUCGGCCUCCUGGAAGAGACAGCCUUGGCCGCUUUCCUCUCCUACUGCCCUGGGAUGGGGGUGGCUUUGCGCAUGUACCCACUCAAGGUGACCUGGUGGUUCUGCGCUUUCCCGUACAGCCUCCUCAUUUUCAUCUACGACGAAGUCAGGAAGCUCCUCAUACGCCGCUACCCUGGCGGCUGGGUGGAAAAGGAGACCUACUACUAAAGGCAGCAAGCCACCCCGCCCCCCUUACAACCUGUAGUCGAAAGCCAGACCAUGUAGUUGUAAAGAGGCAAUAAAAGUUAAUUUAACCUGUU